UUGCCUCACUACAGCAGCGGAGUAGGCGGUGCCUGCCGUUUGGAGCCAAAUGACACGCUGCCGCCCAACGGAACCAUCCUUUUAGUUAAAUCUAACGCAACUCUUGCACGCGCAUUUACGCUGACUGCUGAGACCAAAUCCCCGCUCGCGCACGAAAUCCAUUUACGCUCCAGUAGUAGAGAGGGCCCAGUUGCUGCGCCCCGUCAGUCACACAGUCCGCACGAUUAAAGCCUCAGACGGCCGUUAAAGAGCAGCUGAAAGCGGCGGCGGGGCCUAGUGACACUUCCUGACAGUCUCUGAGCGGUUUGGAGAGGAAGAAUGGCGGAUACGAGCAGCACUGCGGCGGUCGCGGCCGAAGCCUCCGACAGCGCUGCUGUCGCUGCUGCUGCGCCUGUUGCGCCCGAUGCACCGCCCGUAGCUCCGGUGCCCAGGACUCCAGCCGAGUCCGUGAAAGGACAGAUUUUUGACGUGGGCCCCCGCUAUACGAACCUGUCGUACAUCGGGGAGGGUGCUUACGGAAUGGUGUGCUCUGCUCUGGACAACUUGACAAACCAGCGCGUAGCCAUCAAGAAAAUCAGCCCAUUCGAGCACCAGACGUACUGCCAGCGCACGCUGAGGGAAAUCAAGAUCCUGCUGCGUUUCCACCAUGAGAACAUCAUCGGCAUCAACGACAUCAUCAGGGCACAGCAGCUCGACAACAUGAGGGAUGUCUACAUUGUGCAGACCCUGAUGGAGACCGACCUGUACAAGCUACUGAAGAGCCAAAGGCUAAGCAACGACCACGUCUGCUACUUCCUCUACCAGAUCCUGCGAGGCCUCAAGUACAUUCACUCCGCCAACGUGCUGCACCGGGAUCUCAAGCCCUCCAACCUGCUCAUCAACACCACCUGCGACCUCAAGAUCUGUGACUUUGGCCUGGCGCGGAUAGCCGACCCAGAGCACGACCACACUGGUUUUUUGACCGAGUAUGUGGCUACUCGUUGGUACAGGGCUCCAGAAAUCAUGCUCAACUCCAAGGGCUACUCAAAGUCCAUUGACAUCUGGUCGGUGGGCUGCAUCCUGGCUGAGAUGUUGUCCAACAAACCCAUCUUCCCUGGGAAACACUACUUGGACCAACUCAACCACAUACUGGGCAUUCUUGGCUCUCCAUCUCAAGAAGAUCUGAACUGCAUCAUUAACUUGAAGGCGAGGAACUACUUGCAGUCCCUGCCUGAAAAACCCAAGAUCCCGUGGGAAAAGCUGUUCUACAAGGCAGACCCUAAAGCUCUCGAUCUGCUGGGCCGCAUGUUGACCUUUAACCCCAUCAAGCGCAUCACCGUCGAGGAGGCCCUGGCUCACCCUUACCUGGAGCAGUACUACGAUCCUUCAGAUGAGCCUGUCGCAGAGGAGCCCUUCACUUUCACCAUGGAACUGGACGACCUUCCCAAAGAGAGGCUGAAGGAGCUGAUCUUUGAGGAAACGGCCCGUUUCCAGGACAACUACCAGCCGCCGGUUCGCUCUUGAGACACAGUCCUGAGGAGUGACAAAGAAGCGCAGAGGCUCGGAACAACUUGCUAAAAAUAAAAGAAAAACGCAUCAUCAAGAAACCAACAAAAAGAUAAAACCAAGAAAUACAAGCGUUAAAUUGCUAAUCUUUCCAUUUCUACUGCAAAGAGAGAGCUAAGUUUAAAUUUGAUUUCUGUGCUUGGGUGGGAUGGUAGGGUCUGUCGUACUGUUUUAGUUCUUUUUUUCUUUCUUUCUCCAUUUUUAUGCCUCAUCUACAGCAACACGCUGUCCCUUUCCACUCCUCAUCAAACCUUUUCUUUCAUGUCGCUAACCUGUCUGAGCUUCUCCUGUUUCUCCUCUUUGUGUAGCCUCCUCUCAUGUAUACACACGUACUACUGUAUUAACCAACACCAUAACUUUCUUGUCAUGAUCCAUGUAAAUUACGACCUUGUAAAACUGAGGGCUAAAAGAACGGGGUAUGUUAAAUCGGGUGUGUAUGUACAUACAAAAAAAACUUGUUUUUUCUUUUCUUUUUUUAAUUGUGCUUGUU